AUGAUCGAUGUAGACUUAGAACCGCUGCAUCGGUUGUUCCAGGCUCGCCGAUCGCCGAAAGCACAUGGACGUAGUGGCGCAAGGCACGUUGCUAUGGCUGAAAUGUGGCUCCAAGAGGCUCGCGGCACCAUCCGACACCUUCCUUCCGUUAUCGUGUGGAUCCAGGUCAUUGUGGGCAAAGACAGCAACUGUCCGGCGCGCAAGGAAGACAUCUGUGGAAGCGGACGCCAAGCGUCCACCAUAACAAGAAUCGGAAAUAUCCGCGGGCUCACUCCUCGGAUCGGACUGUCGCUUCCUCGACUACGUACGCUUACAAUUCAACAGCGUGUUUUCAAUUUUACGUAG